AUAGUUUAGAACAUGCUUCCAACUUAUUAUACUGGGGAUUAGUCAGGUUUAACGGGAACAUUAAAAUGGACUUAGUCUAAACACCUCGUGCAAAUAUAAAAAAUAAUUAAUUAUCAAAAAAAGAAAAAUUCAGUGUAAGCAAAAUAUAAUGAAAAACUAAAUUAUUUAUGCCAUGUGCAGGGCUUAAGGACGAUAACCUUGACCAUCAAACAACGGUCACCUCCACCUAAAUACAAAACACAGUUACGAGCAAUAAUCCGUUACCUAAAUGUUCCCACCACUACAACAACAAUGCAAGCCAAUUGUCACCCUCGCUGCCACACUAGCUUCCAUGGCAGAGACCUGCCAGUCCAUGAACCACCUAAAACAAAUUCACGCCCAUGUCAUUCUCACAAACCUCCAUAACAACCCCAUUAUCUUUGGUAAAAUGCUCCGUUUUGCUGCGGUCUCACCGUCCGGUGAUUUACCUUACGCUCACCGCAUGUUUGAUCAAAUGCCCCAACCAAAAACUUUCUUCUACAAUACCAUUAUUCGUGGCUAUGCUAAAAGCUUUUAUCCUUCUUAUUCCGUUUAUUUAUAUAAUCAAAUGAGGCAAAACUGUGUUGACCCGGAUGAAUUUACUUUCAAUUUCCUGAUAAAAGCGCGGUCUAGAGUGCAUAAAAUUUGCAGCUUGCCUUUGGGCAUGGAGUGUGACGAGAUACAUGGGGCGGCAUUGAAAUAUGGGUUUCGUUCGCAUUUAUUCGUUCAAAAUGCAUUGAUUCAUUUAUAUGCCGUGAAGGGGAAUCCGCCGGCAGCUUGGAAAGUCUUUGAUGAGACAGUGGGAGUGGAUGUUGUAUCAUGGUCUGGUUUGGUUUCAGCGCAUUUGAGGGCUGGAGAAUUGGAGCUUGGUAGGCAAGUUUUUGAUGUUAUGCCAGAGAAGGAUGUAGUUUCUUGGACAGCUAUGGUUUCUGGGUAUUCACAAGCUAAGCGUUCAAGGGAGGCAUUAGAGUUAUUUUGGGACAUGAGAGAUGCAGGAGUAAGACCAGAUGAGGUAACUAUUGUCAGUGUUAUUUCAGCGUGUACAAAUUUGGGUGAUCUAGAAACAGGAAUUGGAGUGCAUUCUUAUAUUGAUGAGAAUGGGUUUGGGUGGAUGGUUUCACUUUGUAAUGCAUUAAUUGAUAUGUAUGCAAAGUGUGGUUCUAUGGAAAGAGCAUGGCAGGUUUUCAAUAAUAUGAGCAGGAAAAGCUUGAUUACAUGGAAUUCAAUGAUUUCUGCCUGUGCUAACCAUGGAUAUGUUGAAGAUGCAUUUGGAUUGUUUAGUUGCAUGUUAAAUUCUGGGGUUGCACCAGAUGGAGUAACAUUCUUAGCUCUUUUGACCACUUACACGCAUAAGGGCUUGGUCGAUGAAGGGUACAGGCUUUUUCAAAGCAUGCAGCGAGACUUUGGAAUUCAGGCAAGCAUCGAGCAUUAUGGGUGUGUUGUAGACAUGUUAGGCCGGGCAGGUCGGUUAGAAGAGGCAUACGAAUUAAUAGUUACCAUGCCAAUACCAAGUAACGAUGUUAUUUGGGGAGCUUUGCUUGCAGCUUGCAGAAUAUAUGGAAAUGUCGAUAUGGGGGAGACGGUUGUUAAAAAGUUGUUAGAGUUAAAACCAGAUGAAGGAGGGUACUACAUUCUCCUUCGUGAUAUAUAUGUUGCUUCAAGUCGUACGGCUGAAGCUAAUAGUAUGCGACAAGCGAUAGAGGAAAGUGGAGCAACGAAAAAUCCAGGCUGCAGUUGGGUUGGAGCAUAAACUUCACUUCUUUCUGUUUCAAGAACACUGCAAGAUACUGAAGUGGCCUUGUUACGCCCUCAAACAGCGAGCUUUCCCGCCUGGGACUGGCGCGCUCAUAUUGCCCGUUCUUCCAGUGCAAAGGCUAGCUCUCGUCAUUCCUCUCAACAUUCUCAUAAAUUAUUAUUGUCGCAUCACUUGCUAGUUGUUUUACUAGAAGGAAAAAUCUCAGAGUGAUGUUUGCAUAUAUUUUGCAUUUCACAUCAAUGCCUUUAUAAGAAAUGCUUUUGAUUGUUAUACAUUCAAACCCAUGUGAUUGUGACAGUGAACAAUUCAUCAAUGAACAAAGAAAUCUUUAAAAACAGACCAAACUCAUAAGUUGGAUUUUAUUUAGUAGCAGAUAUAAAACACAUGUAGCAGAGAGUUAACAUAGCACCCCCCGCAGAAGCACAGAAGCACAAUAAAAAAA